AAGAUGGAUCGAAGAAGAGGCAGCUAUCGCCGGUCGGGUAGGAGACAAGGAACUCUGUUCCGUUCAAAUGGCGUAUAUACUUGGGCUUAUAAAUGGGCUGGCGCAUGCUCCGCGUGAUGGGUUGUUUAUGCGGAGGUCCGCAUUCUUCGUGUAGCGAGACUGCGAGAGGCUUCCAGAAUCGCCCAAAGGCCUCUUUUUCUCCCUCGCAUAUGAAUGCAGCUUCGACUUGGCAAAAGGCCACUGCGCUCGUCCCAGCGCCCCAGCUAAUCCUAGCUUCGAGAGAGGAGAGGAGGGAGAGAGAGGCAGUAAUGGAGUUGUCGUAUUACAGGUGGAAGAGCUUCAGCGAGGAUGAGGAUCGGCCGGAGAAGCCUCGGCAGUUCGGCGUCACGGAGAUCAGGGGCCCCGACCACUGCCUCGUCGGUCGCCAGGCUUUCGAGAACUUAAUCAAUACCGUUAUGACUGAAAAAAGAAGUACAGUAGCAAUGUUACAUAAGGAGAUCUUGGAAUCCAUGGGAGAGUUUGUUGAUGGUUUGAAAUUUUCAGGAGGUUCACAUAGUUUGAUGCCAAACGAUUUCAUUAAAGAAAUAACAGAUUUAGCACAUAAACACAAUAUAUACGUCAGCACAGGUGAUUGGGCGGAGCAUCUGCUCCGUAAAGGCUCAUCUUCAUUCAAGCAUUAUGUCGAGGAAUGCAAACGACUAGGAUUUGACACUAUUGAAUUGAAUGCUGGAUCUCUUAAACUUCCUGAAGAUGUACUAUUGAGAUUUAUUCGUCUCAUCAAGAGCAACGGUCUUAAGGCAAAGCCACAGUUUUCAAUAAAUUUUGAAAAGUCUGAUAUUCCUGUACCUGGUCAUCGAGCUUUUGGAGCCUACAUAUCUCCUGUUCCUGAAAGUUCAGAACUAGUUGAAGACGUUGAUUUGCUAAUCAGAAGGGCUGAGCGUUGCUUGGAAGCGGGAGCUGACAUGAUUAUGAUCGAUGCUGAUGAUGUUUGCAAGCAUGCUGAAUCUCUUAGAUCAGACAUUGUUGCAAAGAUUAUAGGGCGUUUGGGACUGCAAAAGACUAUGUUUGAGGCAUCCAAUGACAAGACCUCUGAGUGGUUUGUCAAACGCUAUGGACCAAGGGUGAAUCUUUUUGUGGACCACUCUGAAGUGAUGAAUUUAGAAUGUCUCCGAGGUCGCAACUUGGGAAGAAACCAUUCAUCUGUGCUUAGACCAUCUUUUUUCCUGGUUUAAUAAUGCUCUAUUAUACCUAUGCACGUAUUGUUACUCGUGUUGUAUGUUUUUAAGUGUGAUAGGUCGGCAUGUUAAUAAAACUGUGUCGAUCAUGACAUCUUGUAUGUUUUUUCCUAUUCAACGCUUGUUUUGGACAACGCUUAUGGAAGUGAAAUUUGUUUGGCCUUAAGCAUUUCCAAUA